AUCCAGCAGGCUCGUUGUCUAAUAAUACUCGCCAAAAGAAGUUACGCUAUGAAAAAGAUGAGGAUAAAAAAGAAUUAGAGCGUUUCGCAAUGAGGUCUAAUGAACUUCGCUUAAUGGCUGAACGAGAAGCAAAAGUGCAACAACCACUAGAAACUGACAUUCAAGAAGAGGUGUCCUUUACUAUUGAAGAGUUUGAAGAAGCAGCUACCAAAUCUGCACCUUUACCUUAUGUUAAUCUUGAUUGUCUAAAAAAGUGGAUCAAAGAAAAUUACACACAUAAAAUUGAGACUACAUUAUCAAAUUUGCGAGCAACAAUGGAAAUAGAAAGAUUGGAUUUGGAGCAAUUUAACUUUGUAAGUGUCAAAGAUGUGGAAGAAUACGAUAUAGAAGAACUUAUCGCUUAUUUACGAACAAAGUUCUCAAAUCUUAGUGAGGACUUCAUUAAGCUUCAUGAUCAGAAUAUUGAUGGUUAA